AUGGGUCAGGCUGUUACAACCCCUUUGUCUUUGACUCGAGACCAUUGGACGGACGUUAGGGCAAGAGGACAGAACCUAUCAGUGGUAGUCAAAAAACAACCCUGGCUGACUUAUUGUUCCACGGAAUGGCCCACUUUUGGAGUGGGCUGGCCCUCUGAGGGAACCUUUGAUUUACCAACCAUCAGGGCCGUGAAGGCUAUUGUUUUUCAGGAAGGAGCAGGAUCCCACCCGGACCAGCAGCCGUACAUCGUAGUAUGGGAGGAUUUAGCACGGUUCCCACCCCCGUGGGUCCGUCCAUUCCUCCCACCCUUUCGCCCUGGUACUAGGAUCCUGGUGGCCCGGGAAGACGAGAAGGAGAAGAAAACAGCACCGAAACCUGAUGAGGAGUGCCAGCCCAGUCCAUCACCUGCAUGCCCUCCUAAGAUCUACCCCGAGAUUGAAGAACCCCCUGAAUGGCCUGACUCCCCACUACCUCCUCCUUACCCACAAGUCCCCCAACCCCCAACCGCUCCCGUGCCCCUGCCCGCGGCCCCUCCUAUGGCCCAGGCCCCUGGAAUUGGGGGCGGAGGACCUUCAGCCAGAAUGAGGAGUCAGCGCGGAGCCUCCCCGUCGGGACCAGCAGACUCGACCAUUGCACUCCCCCUCAGAGCGGUCGGGGUUCCCCCGGCUGACCAAAAUGACUUACAGCUAUUACAGUAUUGGCCUUUUUCCUCUUCCGAUCUUUAUAAUUGGAAAACUAACCAUCCCUCCUUUUCUGAGAACCCCACAGGGCUCACAAGCCUGAUUGAGUCACUAAUGUAUUCCCACCAGCCGACGUGGGACGAUUGCCAACAGCUUCUACAAACCCUUUUCACCACCGAGGAGAAAGAGAGGAUUCUUCUUGAGGCUCGGAAAAAUGUCCGAGAUGGGGCUGGGCGACCGGUUCAGACCCAGGUCGAGAUAGAAGAAGGAUUCCCAUUGACCCGACCCCAUUGGGAUUAUAACACGGCACAAGGUAGGGAACGACUGUCCAAUUAUCGCCGGGCUCUGGUGGCAGGUCUCAGAGGUGCCGAGCGUCGGCCCACAAAUUUGGCCAAGGUAAGAGAGGUAAUGCAGGGGGCAACAGAACCCCCUUCAGUUUUUCUAGAAAGNCUUAUGGAGGCCUAUAGGAGAUACACCCCGUUUGACCCGACAUCUGAGGGGCAGCGGGCUUCAGUGAUUAUGGCUUUUAUUGGGCAGUCAGCCCCAGACAUUAGAAGGAGGUUGCAACGGAUUGAGGGACUGCAGGACUAUACCAUAAGGGACAUAGUGAGAGAGGCAGAGAAAGUGUAUCAUAAGAGAGAGACAGAGGAAGAGAAGUUAGAAAGAGAGAAAAGAGAAAGGAGAGAGGAAGAAGAUGAAAGGGACAAGAGACAAGAGAAAGCUUUAACUAGGAUUCUGGCCGCUGUAGGAGAAAGAAAUAGAAGAGGCAGGACUAGGCAGCUAGGGAACCUGAGAGACGAAAAAAGGCAGGAGCCGAAGAAGCCCGGAGAAUAUCAAUUACACCUGAGGAGAGACCAGUGUGCAUGCUGCAAAGGUAUUGGCCAUUGGGCUCGUGAAUGCCCCAAGAAAAAGCAGGAAGUGAAAGUACUGUGCCUAGAUGGUGACGAAGACUAGUGGGGACGGGGCUCGGCCCCCCUCCCCGAGCCUAGGGUAACUUUAAACGUGGAGGGGACUCCUGUAAACUUCCUGAUCGACACAGGUGCUGAGUUUUCCGUUCUGCGCACACCUUUGGGAAAAUUAAAAAGGGGUGAAAGGACUGUGGUGAUAGGGGCCACUGGGCAAAAAUCGUAUCCAUGGACCACCUCCCGGACAGUAGAUCUAGGACGAAAUAAUGUGACUCACUCAUUCCUAGUUAUUCCGGAAUGUCCGAUGCCCUUGUUAGGAAGAGACUUGCUAACCAAACUAAAAGCGCAAAUAACUUUCGCCUCUUACCAACCGGAGGUAUCCUGGGGAGUAGGAGAGUCUCAGGCCCUGGUGUUGUCUCUACAACUAGGAGAGGAAUAUCGACUCUACCAGGAUAAACCGAGACCUCCUGAGGGAAUCCAAGACUGGCUGGACCGAUUCCCUCAAGCAUGGGCCGAGACAGGGGGUAUGGGAAUGGCAAAGCAAGUUCCCCCGGUGGUAAUCGAGCUCAAGUCUGGAGCCACUCCCAUUGGGGUAUGGCAGUACCCCAUGAGCAGGGAAGCUCGGGAAGGCAUACGCCCCCACAUUACCAGACUUAUCCAACAAGGGAUUCUAGUCUCAUGCAAGUCCCCGUGGAACACCCCCCUGCUCCCGGUAAAGAAGCCAGGGACUAAUGACUAUCGCCCGGUGCAGGACCUCAGGGAAGUUAAUAAGCGAGUUCAAGAUAUCCAUCCUAUGGUGCCAAACCCCUACAAUUUACUCAGCACCCUGCCACCUAAUCGAAUUUGGUACACUGUUUUGGAUCUCAAGGAUGCUUUCUUUUGCCUGAGAUUACAUAGCAACAGCCAACCCUUGUUCGCUUUCGAAUGGCGUGACCCAGAAAGUGGGCAGGUUGGGCAGCUGACUUGGACGAGAUUGCCUCAAGGAUUCAAGAACUCACCCACACUGUUCGAUGAGGCUUUGCACCGUGACCUGGCCCCUUUUCGGGCCAAAAAUACACAGGUAACUCUUUUGCAAUAUGUAGAUGACCUUCUAUUAGCUGCAGAGACUCGCAAAGACUGUGAAAUCAGUACUCAAAACCUUCUGAUCGAGUUGGGUAAAUUGGGGUACCGGGUCUCGGCCAAGAAGGCACAGUUAUGUCAAAAAGAAGUGACCUACUUGGGAUACACACUAAAGAAUGGACAGAGGUGGCUCACAGAAGCUAGGAAGCAGACAGUAAUGCAGAUCCCAACCCCGACUACAUCUCGCCAGGUAAGAGAAUUUCUGGGCACUGCGGGGUUCUGCCGGCUUUGGAUCCCGGGGUUUGCGACUAUGGCGGCCCCGCUAUAUCCCUUAACUAAAGAAAAAGGGGAGUUCACCUGGACUAAAGAUCAUCAGCUGGCCUUCGAGGCUCUCAAGAAGGCACUGUUGCAGGCCCCAGCACUAGCCCUUCCGGAUCUAAGUAAACCUUUUAUCUUAUACAUUGAUGAGAGAAAUGGAGUAGCGAGAGGAGUCCUGACCCAGGCCUUGGGGCCUUGGAAAAGGCCGGUGGCCUACCUAUCCAAGAAAUUGGACCCUGUAGCUAGCGGAUGGCCUUCCUGCUUACGAGCCAUAGCAGCAACAGCUGUACUAGUCAAAGACGCUGACAAGCUGACUAUGGGCCAGAACGUUGCUAUAGUGGCCCCACACUCUCUUGAGAGCAUCAUCAGACAACCACCAGACCGCUGGAUGACUAACGCUCGGAUGACACACUAUCAGAGCCUGCUGCUUACUGAACGAGUGAGCUUUGCUCCGCCAGCCAUCCUUAAUCCUGCUACUCUACUACCGGAGGCUGAUGAAACCCCUGUGCACAAGUGUGAGGAANUGCUGGCAGAGGAAANGGGAGUUCGGCCAGACCUCACAGACCGNCCAUGGCCAGGGGCAAUGACUUGGUAUACAGAUGGAAGCAGCUUCGUGGUAGAAGGUAAGCGGAGGGCUGGGGCAGCGGUGAUAAAUGGAAAAGCUGUCAUAUGGGCCAGCAGUCUGCCAGAGGGCACAUCAGCCCAAAAAGCAGAGCUCAUCGCACUGAUCCAGGCUCUAAAGCUAGCAAAAGGGAAGGCUGUCAAUAUUUACACCGACAGCCGGUAUGCCUUCGCUACAGCGCAUAUCCAUGGGGCAAUAUACCGGCAGCGUGGACUCUUAACAUCUGCUGGAAGGGACAUAAAAAACAAGGAAGAAAUUCUUAGCCUACUAGAAGCUAUUCACCUCCCUCAUAAAGUGGCAAUAAUACAUUGUCCAGGACACCAAAGAGGGGCUGGGCCCAUAGUAAAAGGAAAUCAAAUGGCAGACCAGGAGGCAAAGAGGGCAGCUCAGGGACCUAUGACUUUGUUGAUAAGGACUAAAUUGCAGCCGGUGAUGGAAGAGCUAGGAAAAAGAACUCUCACAGAAGANGAGGGGCAAGAAUAUCUGGCUGAUAUACACCGCUUCACCCAUCUGGGGGCUAAAAAGUUAAUAGAAUUGGUUAGAAGGUCACCUUACCAUAUUCCUGGACUAAGAAAGGCUGCAGAAAAUCUAGUCAAAAACUGCCUCGCGUGUGCGUUUACUAAUGUUGGGUCUAGUAAGCCAUUAGAAGGAAGACGCCUAAGAGGAGAUAGACCUGGAACCUAUUGGGAAACAGACUUUACAGAGGUAAAACCGGCCCGGUAUGGAAAUAAAUAUCUCCUAGUCUUUAUAGAUACCUUUUCAGGAUGGGUUGAAGCAUUCCCCACAAAAAAUGAAACUGCCAACGUGGUGGCCAAGAAGAUACUCGAAGAAAUCCUCCCCCGUUUUGGGGUACCCAAGGUACUCGGGUCAGACAAUGGGCCUGCUUUUGUCUCUCAGGUAAGUCAGGGGGUGGCCAGACAACUGGGGAUUAAUUGGAAAUUACAUUGUGCGUACAGGCCCCAGAGUUCAGGUCAGGUAGAAAGAGUAAAUAGAACAAUAAAAGAGACCUUGACAAAAUUGACCAUAGAGACCGGUGGAAAUGAUUGGACAGCCCUUCUUCCUUAUGCCUUAUUCAGGGUUCGGAACACCCCUGGAAUUUUUGGUCUAACUCCUUUUGAAUUAAUGUUUGGAACUCCUCCUCCCACUCAUGUGUCUAUAUCAGAUAAAACUAGCCCAGAUGUAUCUUUCUCUCCUUCUUCCAACCUCUUGAUUCACCUCAAGGCAUUAGAAACAGUAAGAAANGAGAUAUGGAUGCAAUUAAAAGAGACUUAUAUUGCUGGUGACACACAGGUGCCACACCAGUUUGAAGUGGGAGACGCUGUCCUGGUGAGGAGACAUCGAGCAGGAAACCUAGAGCCAAGGUGGAAAGGACCAUAUCUGGUACUGCUGACGACGCCCACCGCGGUCAAAGUUGAAGGAAUCCCCACCUGGAUCCACGCAUCUCACCUUAAGAGAGCACCCCCUGAAACNGAUCAAGAUGGAUGGACGCUGGAAAAGACUACUAACCCUCUUAAACUGCACCUACGUCGCUGGCGCAGUCCUGAAGAUAAGUGA